AUGAAAGCGUACGACGACGCCAACCGCCUUGAAUCGGGUUACCGGUCCAUCCAGGACCUUGUAAAAGAGGUCCGCACGACGAGAGACUUCGUGCAACUUGCAACGACGAUGUCGUUGAUUUUGAAUUACACUCACAUCUCGGGGGGAUACAAGUACUUGACGUGCGACAAAGUUGCCGAUCCAGACGAGUGCAUCCUCGAGGAAGAGCAAUGA